GCGUAUAUAAACCUCACGGCGCGGAGCAUGUGGUCACUGCAGUCUCCAGUUUUCAUCAGUCCGAGUGCACAUCGCUACCCCAAACACAACCUGAGCAAAAAUGGCAUUUGCUGGAAUCCUGAGUGAUGCUGACAUCACUGCAGCCCUGGCGGCUUGCCAAGCUGCUGACUCCUUCAACUACAAGACCUUCUUCAGCAAGGUCGGCCUGAGUGGAAAGUCCAUUGAUGAUGUCAAGAAGGCCUUUGCUGUCAUUGAUCAGGACAAGAGCGGCUUCAUUGAGGAAGAUGAGCUGAAACUGUUCCUGCAGAACUUCUCCGCUGGUGCCAGAGCUCUGACUGAUGCUGAGACCAAGGCCUUCCUUGCCGCUGGUGACAGUGAUGGCGAUGGCAAAAUUGGAGUUGAUGAGUUCGCUGCCCUUGUGAAGGCUUAAGCACUUCAUGCAGCCUGUUUUUUGGAGUUGAUGAACUUGCUGCUGUGGACAAGGGUUAAGUGACAGCUGACUACAACAACCUCUUACUGAAAAGGAACAACAAUUCCCAAAGCCUCACCUCAGUCAAGCUGAUUUUUAUACACGCCUUUGACAUGCCUGCGUACCUUCUGCUCCCAAGCUGCCCUCUGUCCUGAAUGACUUUAAAUGUCAAAUGGUUGUUUAAACAUGUUACAGACAUGAACUUGGGGUACUGUACAAUCUGUGAUGCACUUUUUUGGGAAAGGAUGGUGAGAAGAGAAUAAAUAUCCUUUUUUCA